UUAGUUCUUAAUAAAUGAGUAGUCAACGAGGAAAUGUUGUUAAGAAAAAGGCACCAAAACAUAAAAAUGAAUUUGCAUUUAAAAAUGAUUUACAUGAUACUACUGGCAAAACAAAAGCAAUAAAUAACUUGAACGUAUCAAAUGUUUGUCAGCGUUGCAAAGACUGUAUUGAAUGGAAAAUAAAAUAUAAAAAAUAUAAACCAUUAACUGUACCAGGUAAAUGUGUGAGAUGCUUCAACCGCAAUGUUAAAUUUGCUUACCAUAUAGUGUGUAGUCAAUGUGUCACUGAAAAUUCGUGUUGUGCUAAAUGUAACAAAAAUGCAGAUCUUGUUGGAAUACUUGUUAAAGAUGUUUCUGACCAGCAAAAAGAAGAAAGUUUAUUGGAGGAAGAGUUAAAACAUAUGAGGUUAAGAGAAAAGAAAGCAUUUUUAAGACAAGUUGAAAAAGAGAAAUCACUAGGCUGCAAAAACUCAACCUGUCUUACGACAACGAACAAACGUAAAUCAUCUGAAAAUGAAUCGGACGAGAUAUCAGAUUACGAAAACGACUAACAAUAUAGUUGUAUAAUUGUCGUAAAAGUUUUUGUUGAAAUAAAAAUAAUUCAGACCUUGUUUUUAA